AUGACGGUCAAACGGGGGUCCCAUGGCUCUCCUGACAUCACACCCAGUGAUGCAGCGCUCCCAGUGCACAGUUCACAAACUCUGGACACAACUGAAUCGUUUGGCAGACAGGACAUUUUGAGUGACGCUGAACUUCACGAAGACUUUGAAGGUUUUGGACAUGAACCCUUGUCCACUGCAGGUGAGAUGGCAUCAUCCGCCGGCGCUUCAUUACAGGAUACAGGCAGUGAUACGAGUUGCAAUUUGUUAUCUAGUGGAGAUCACGCUGCAUGGUUUGCACAUUCGUUGCUCACAAACGUCGAUCUCGUCAGCACGAAACUUCCGUGGGAACAAGGAAUCUUCGCAGAACUGCUCAAUGAUGGUGAUGGAUUGCCGGAUAUAGUGCCAAAGAUUGAGAUAUCAAAUCAAGGCCAGCACAAUGACCUGGCAAUGGCUCUUGAAGCUUGCAGGGCCGAAGUCUCUGAGGCUGCCCAACCUCAUAUGGCAGCAGGAGAGAGUGCAAUUUACCCAGCAUUCGUGAAGAGCAUCACGGACAAGGACUAUGCAGCCAAACGCACAUCCCUCAUGGACGCGGCCAUCAAGAAACUGUUGAUAGUGCUCAGGCAUUGCAUGCUGGCCUCAGUCGCGGGGAGACAAAUUUUGGCCUCCAAAGGUGGAGAUUCCGAGGAUGAAGCAGUCAAGAUCCUGACCGCCAUUGUCGGUCCUUUGUUGCCAGCACCUGAUCGAGAGCCGGGGUCGCUGUUACAAAGAGGCCUGACAUCCUCGGAGACCACAGGCAUGCUUAGAGCGGUCACGCACUCGCUCGAUCAGCUCAAUGGUGAUGGCAGACUUGAAAUCUCGUCGCACUCAUUGAAAUCGACCACGCUGUCCUGGUGUGCAAAAUAUGGCCUAUCAGGAACGACGAGGUCGAUACUGGGUAGGCAUUCUGGUGCCCUGGUCGACACCUAUACCAUCUAUAGCAGGGAUUUGACAGUUGCUCCGACCCGAGAGCUCCAGUCCGUGAUCGUGGAGAUCGCUGAGGGCAGGUUCUUGCCAGAUGCGCCGGGAAGAGAUUUCUUUCCGACAUUUCCUCCGGCACCGCCCAUCCAGAGGCAUGUCAUGAGCCAAGGUGAAUUGGGCCCGGUCGAAAUUGAAUGCAAGCAAGAAGAUUACCCAUGUGAGAUCGUGGAGGAAGAGAUUAUUGUCAGCUCGGAUGAAUCCGAUUCGUCGUCGUCAAGUGACGCUGAAAGCUCCGCCUCCAGUGCGAUUGAGGUCAACCGAAUCGAGUGCCUGGAAUGUUAUCUGCAAGAUGUGUGCCAGGAAGAUGUGAAAAAGGUCUCCUUCAUCCUCAUGCCAUUGCCGAGCAGAUCCACACAGAAGACUGAGACCAAGCCAUCGCCGUCCUUUCCCAAGGCCAAGCCGCAUGUCAAUCCAAGCAGCAUAUCCACAAGCCAUGGGGCUACGACAUGGACAAAGCAAUUCAGCACAAAGGAGGAAGCCGCCUACCCUGUUGACCUGGCCUAUGCGAUUGCAGGUGUUUUCGCAGCAAUAGCAGUCUCCAAAGGUUGGCUCCCACCUGCGGUGCAAUUGAGUGAGGGUCCGACUCUGCAACACUUGCGCGCAGUCACGUCCACCCAACCCAGAGCAUCCAAACUGCCACCAUUAGUGCCAGAAUUCAAGUUCAUUCAUCAUCGCAAGCGGCCACUGCAAGACCCGGACCCUUGUCUGCCAGGGAGUUCACUGCAGACCAGCUGGCAAGACCUUCCCCCUGGCGCCAAAUAUUUGAGACGAACACCUAUCCGGACAAAUGGGGGGGAUAUAGCUGAUAUGGCUGACAGCGCUCCUCAGAUAGACAUGGCAUUCGGGAUUUAUCACACCCCUGAAGAAUUUGUUGAAGAAGCGGUGAAAGCUGGUCACCCAUCCCAGUGGAGCGCGGUCCUGCCAUGUGCUCUUGAAGAAGCUAUCAAGUGGAACUUGAGGAGCACCCCAAAACAUCUGUGCCAAACCAUGCUCCAGACCCUCUCAGAAUGGUCCACCCUUGCCAAAGAUCUGCAGAAAGAAGAGCAGAACAUUCACGCGGCCCUUCCAGAUCAUGCCAGAGUCAUUUUGCAAGGGAAACGAAUCCUUCUUUGGAAAACCCUUUUGGAGCGCUACAACUACGACGACAUGGAAGUGGUCGAUGAGCUCUUGAAGGGAGUUGAUCUUGUGGGCCCUGUGGGCCAAGUCCCAUCGAUGACAUCGGCCUUCAAGCCAGCCACCAAAUCUGUAGGUGAACUGAAAGAAGGUGCCAAGGCAUCCAGGGACGCGACACUGGCCGGCAUGAGAAGUGGGGGUGACGGCGAGAUUGAUGCCGAAGUAUACCGGAAGACCUUGGACGAGAAAGCAGAUGGCUGGAUAUGUGGACCCAUCAAGCAGGAGGACCUUCCUGAACACGCCGUCGUCAAUCGAAGAUUCGGCAUACGGCAAGGUUUCUUUAUUGGCGACAUCUUCGAGGACCACUUCAGGGGACCUUUUGCCAGCGGCUCCAAAGUCUCGACCUUUGCAACGUACCUGCAGGAGCUCGACUCCUUAUACUUCAAGUUUGGCAGGAAACCGAAUGAGAUCGACUUCAUCGUCCCGAGCUUGGACCAGCUGGAUCAGGAGGACUGUCCGGGCCCUAUGACUUAUCCAGAAGCUUUACAUUACUGCAGAUACUUUUUAUCCUUGCCAUGGCGAAAAUCCCCCAUCAAUACGGAAAUCACGGCACAGCAUUACACAGUGCAUGGUUUGAAAAGCACGUUGCUGUCAUUUGCCAACCAACUGCAACUGGCACCAGAGCUGAGACGCCUACAAGGGAAACACAAGGAUCCCCUGCAGAGUACACGACUGUACUCCCGCGACGAUGUCAAUGGAGCCUUGCAAUUGCAAGAGGAAAUCAUUACAGCAGUUCAGAAAGGAUGGCGACCUCAUACCCCUUUGGGAAGAGGGGGACAGAUUCCUAUCCAAGAACAGGAAUUUACUCUGGAGAAAUUCAAAAAAGAGGCAGGUGAACCCAAAUGGUCAUUCUUCGCGUUCAACAAACCACCAGUUUUCGAGGCUGAUCAUUUUGACCCGGGGGACGAAGAUCAAUCCACGAGCUCUUCAUCAUCGUCAGACUCCAGUGAGUCAUCAUCAUCUUCUUCAGUCAAGGUGACCAAGAAGACCCCCAAAACCGUACCGGAUUCAUUUGAUGAAAUUGCAAUGGGCGUUUUUCGGCAGACUUGGCAUGUGGUGAUGAACCCACAAACGGAGGAAGGCUUGCCUCCGGAGUUCAAAUGGACCACAGCAUGUGGCCGGCGUUUUCACCCUGAAAGCUUUUCAAUUCGUGAUGAAUUGGCAUUGUCUCCAGGCGUGGAUCCAGCGAUGGCCAAUCAGCUGGUGGCUGACGGCUGGACACUAGCUACAUUUGCAUGUUGCGCCUUGGACAUGCAAGACUUUGACAAGUCAAUAGAUGAGAUGAUGGCUGGACGACAGGCCUUGUCCCUUUUGGAAAAAUCACAGUUGCGAGCUGCGUUCAAAGCCUGCUCCACUCAGGCAUCCAAGGAUACUAAGGCACCACCAGGGGAUGCCGCAUCAACCACGAACAUCGUCACCUCGACAAGCUCAUGGAGCGAAUCGUUUGCACCUAAGUUGGAUAGCCAGGUCAUCCAGCAGCUGAAACAGCAGUUUUUGAAGAAUUACCCAAGUGAAAUUCUGGAUGGAGCCACAAUGCCAUCCACCAGGCUAUUGUCGCUGGCUUACCAUCAGCUCCAGAAAAAUCAUUGGGCAUGGAUCCCAUGGAAAUACCGCAUGAGUGUGGAAAAAUCUGAAGAACUGCAAGCUCAAAGGUCUUCCAAACAACCAAAGAUGGAAGGAUUAGCAUUGCAUUCGUUGUUGCUGGACGAGCCUCCGGCGCUGGAAGUCUCCAACUCAGGGAUGGGUUUGAAUGCCAUCAGGACUCUCAUGGACUUACACAAUGUGGCUAUUGCAAUGUGUAAAGGUGCACACUUAGCAAAUCUCAAGCAGUACUCCCAUCGGUUUCUUCACUAUUUGACUCAGAAGGUGGACUCAGAGACAGGUUUGCGCACAGCAAAUGUGAUCGAAGCUCAAGCAGCAGACCGCCAGAUUUGGGGUAUCAUGGCAGAACUCAUGAAUGAUCGUGAUUGGAAUAUGGAUGAUGCACUUCAUGAAUUGACGCAUGUACGUCAGGACUUGGCGGGAUUGCUCCAGCUCCGCCCCAAGAUGCCCAAGCCACAACCUUGGCCUUCAUCAUCGCCAUUCAGUUCGACCAGCUCUCAGAAAG